AAAAACUACUGCCGAGAAGACUAUGAAAUAAUUUUAUUAGGACUUCCGGAUUUUGGAGGCGUUUUGGUGUUUUUUUUUUGUCGUCUUACUUGUCUCGGAUAAAAUUAUCAGUAUGGCUGCGAAUGUGACAGUGUGUGACUUGGACCCGGAAAUAGAUGAGCUGGUUAAGAAGUUUCGUUUCAGAAAGGAGAAAAACAAUGCAGCAAUAGUAUUGAAAAUAGACAGUAGUAAGCUCUUGAUAGUUUUGGAUGAUCAGUAUGAGGACAUGACACCAGAUGAGUUACAAGAAGAACUGCCUGAACAUCUACCAAGAUAUGUACUCUAUAGUUACUGUCGUCACCAUGACGAUGGAAGAAUAUCAUACCCCCUUUGCUUCAUUUUUAUACAUCCUCAAGGAACCAAAGCAGAACUUGCAAUGAUGUACAGCGGUAGUUGUAUAACUCUUCACCGUCGAACGGGUAUUACGAAGUACUUUGAGUUGAGUGACCUGGAAGAAUUCACAGAGGAAUGGUUGAAAAAAAAAUUAGGAUUUUUUAAUUAGAUUGUAUAAGACAUUCCAUUUCAUUAAUUUUUUCGAACCGAUACUUGUUUUGUUUAUCCAUAUCUAUUUAACCAAGUUACAUAUUAGUUAAGAAUACACUAUUAUAAUACAAAUAUAUUGUGAAAUACUUUGAAAGGAAAAUUUGUUAGGGUGUAUACAAGGAAGAAAGAGCUUACUUUUCUUGCUCUGAGAAAUCUUUUUUUUUCUUCUUCUUUUUGUUAAAUGUUAGCAGAUCAAAUUGAUAUAUAUAUCUUUAUACUGUCAUUGAAUUCAUCAAUUUUACAGAAUAUUUCAUUAUAUUAAUUGAUAGAAAGGAGUGAUGGAUUGCUUAACUAUGGUAAACAUAAUGAA